AUGUCUAACCUUCCUCACGAGCCCGAGUUCGAGCAGGCCUACAAGGAGCUUGCCUCGACCCUUGAGAACUCCACCCUCUUCCAGAAGAACCCCGAAUACCGCAAGGCUCUCGCCGUCGUCUCCGUCCCCGAGCGUGUCAUCCAGUUCCGUGUCGUCUGGGAGGAUGAUGCCGGCAACGUCCAGGUCAACCGCGGUUUCCGUGUCCAGUUCAACAGCGCCCUCGGUCCCUACAAGGGUGGUCUCCGUUUCCACCCCUCCGUCAACUUGUCCAUCCUCAAGUUCCUUGGUUUCGAGCAGAUCUUCAAGAAUGCUCUCACUGGCCUGAACAUGGGUGGUGGUAAGGGUGGUUCCGACUUCGACCCCAAGGGCAAGUCCGACAACGAGAUCCGUCGCUUCUGUGUUUCUUUCAUGACCGAGCUCUGCAAGCACAUCGGUGCCGACACUGACGUUCCCGCUGGUGACAUUGGUGUCACCGGUCGUGAGGUCGGUUUCCUCUUCGGCCAGUACCGCAAGAUCCGCAACCAGUGGGAGGGUGUUCUCACCGGUAAGGGUGGCAGCUGGGGUGGUUCCCUCAUCCGCCCUGAGGCCACCGGUUACGGUGUUGUCUACUACGUCGAGCACAUGAUUGCUCACGCCACCAACGGCCAGGAGUCCUUCAAGGGCAAGCGCGUUGCCAUCUCCGGUUCCGGUAACGUUGCCCAGUACGCCGCCCUCAAGGUCAUCGAGCUUGGCGGUUCCGUCGUCUCCCUGAGCGACAGCCAGGGCUCCCUCAUCAUCAACGGCGAGGGUAGCUUCACCCCCGAGGAGAUCGAGCUCAUUGCUCAGACCAAGGUUGAGCGCAAGCAGCUCGCCAGCAUCGUCGGUGCCGCUCCCUUCAGCGACGCCAACAAGUUCAAGUACAUUGCCGGUGCCCGCCCCUGGGUUCACGUCGGCAAGGUCGAUGUCGCUCUCCCCUCCGCCACCCAGAACGAGGUUUCCGGCGAGGAGGCCCAGGUCCUCAUCAACGCUGGCUGCAAGUUCAUCGCCGAGGGUUCCAACAUGGGUUGCACCCAGGAGGCCAUCGACACCUUCGAGGCCCACCGUACCGCCAACUCCGGCGCUGCUGCCAUCUGGUACGCCCCCGGUAAGGCCGCCAACGCCGGUGGUGUCGCUGUCUCCGGUCUGGAGAUGGCUCAGAACUCUGCCCGCCUCAGCUGGACUUCUGAGGAGGUUGAUGCCCGUCUCAAGGACAUCAUGCGCGACUGCUUCAAGAACGGUCUCGAGACUGCUCAGGAGUACGCCACCCCCGCCGAGGGUGUCCUGCCUUCCCUGGUGACCGGAUCCAACAUUGCCGGUUUCACCAAGGUGGCUGCCGCCAUGAAGGACCAGGGUGACUGGUGGUAA